CGAACUGAAAUAGCCGCCUCAUUAAUAUAGAGAAGCCCUCAAUGGUCGUCACUGAACCGCCGCAGUCGUCUGGUGUGUUUAUCCUGCUAUGCGUUAGCAUGUGGUUGUCAUAGUUAUCGUCGCUGCCAGAAUGGUGAAGCAGUAACAUUAAACACAUUUUCAAGAAUGGCUGACAGGAAGGGAAGCACUGUCACCCCAGUCAAAACACUGACAAGGAAGGAAAAAGAAGUCCUCAAGAAAAAGGAGCAAGAAAAGGCAGCAGUUGUCUUUGAAGAAUUUUUAGCGUCUUUUGAGCCCAACCAGAAAAGUGGAGUGAAAACCUUUGUUCGUGGAGGCAUUGUGAAUGCAACAAAAGAAGAGGAAGCAGCAGAAGUCACAAAAAGUAAACUUUAUCGACCUGCCACAAAGUUUGUCCCACCUCCUGAAGAUGUCUCACCAUCGUCUGCAGACAGCAAAAAAUCUGCUUUUAAAAGGAAGGCAGAGGAAAAGAAGAAGAGUAACCUGGAGCUCUUCAAAGAGGAACUGAAGCUAAUACAGGAGGAGCGUGAGGAAAGACACAAAAGGAAGCAAAAUGAACCUGGUGGUGGUGGAGGAUAUGGAGUUGUGGACUCACCCUUAUUAGGACGACCAACGUUUUACGACGACCCAACAGUGCCAACCACUACUAACCUUUACAUCAGCUGCAUCAGUCCAAAGAUGAACGAGGAGAUCCUUUGCAAAGAGUUUGGUAAGUAUGGUCCGCUGGCCAGUGUGAAGAUAAUGUGGCCACGCACAGACGAGGAGCGCUGCAGGACUUCCAACAGAGCCUUUGUGGCUUUCAUGACACGGAAAGACGCAGAGAGAGCUUUGGCAGCACUUGAUGGGAAAGUGAUUAUGGGGUUUGAAAUGAAGCUAGGAUGGGGCAAACCAGCUAGAAUUCCACCUCAGCCUCUCUACACACCGUCGGGGGUGAGGGCCGCACCACCACCCCAGUCUGGUCUACCUUUUAACGCCCAGCCAAGGGGUCGCUUCCGAAAUGAUUUCACCAAACCACUGGCCAUGUCCAAAGUAGAUCUUGAAAAGACUCUGUCCGAAGCCCGAGUCAAAGUGGUCAUCCCGACUGAAAGAAAUGUAUUGGUCCUCAUCCAUCGAAUGAUAGAGUUUGUGGUGCGUGAAGGUCCUAUGUUUGAAGCUGUAAUAAUGAACAAAGAAAAAAGCAACCCGGAUUACAGGUUCCUUUUCGACAAUAAGAGUCAAAAUCAUGUUUACUAUCGCUGGAAGCUAUUUUCCAUCCUCCAGGGAGAGUCUCUGACCAAGUGGAGGACCUCUGAUUUCCGUAUGUUCCGUGGAGGCUCCCUGUGGAGGCCGCCUGUCCUGAAUAGCUACAUGCACAGGGACGAGGAGGAGGAGGCCACGGCUCCCGAGGAGGAGGUGAAGAAAGGCCACCUCAGAGCCGAGCACAAGCAGCAGCUGGAGACUCUGCUCCAGGAGCUCACUCCCAGCAGAGGAGACGUCGCCGAUGCUAUGCUCUUCUGUCUGGAGCGGGCCGACGCAGCGGAGGAAGUAGUGACACACAUCACUGAAUCAUUCUCCUUGCCCCAGAUGUCUCUCCAGAAGAAGAUCGCAAGGCUGUAUCUCGUAUCGGACAUUUUGUACAACUCCUGUGCCAAAGUCGCUGGGGCAUCGUAUUAUCGUAAACAUUUUGAAUCAAAGCUAGCACGGAUAUUUGGGGAGCUUCAUGAAGCGUACAAAAACAUACAAGCCAGGCUGCAAGCUGAACAGUUUAAGCAAAAGGUGACGAGUUGUUGUCGAGCUUGGGAGGACUGGGCCAUAUACCCUCAGCCUUAUCUUAUCCACCUCCAAAACAUCUUCCUGGGGUUUGCCAAAGUUGGAGAGGUGUCAAAUGAGGUGGCAGAGGAAGCUUCCUUGGACGUUGACGGUGCACCCCUGGACAGCACUCUAAUAGAUGGGCUACCUUUGCGCAAAGGGCAAGCCGAUGACCUUGACGGCUGCCCCAUGGGCUGGGACCCUCUAGAUGGAGUGCCUGUUGAUGACAUAGAUGGCGUUCCUUUGGGAAGUGGCGUCGAUGACAUUGAUGGAAUGCCAUUGGAUGACAGCAAAGUGCCUCUCUCCAGAGCGCCUUUGUCCAAGUGGGAGAAGACAGCCGAUGAUGGGACUUUUUCUCAAGGCUUGCCUGAGUCCAAGUGGAGUGCCGCGUCUAGCAGGGACGACGACGUGAAUGUCAGUGUCAACUCAUUGGAUGGAGACAACUCAGACAGUGACAGCAGUGAUGACUCCAGCAGUUCCCCCAAAUUUGACAGUGCACAUUUCCAACGCUCACUGAGGGGUCUUCAGAUGUCUGAGAGCAAAAGAAAAAGACUGAGAGAGCUGGAAUUGAAGGUUAUGAAGGUCCAAGAUGAGUUGGAAAGUGGCAAGAGGGAGAGGAAACCUGGAAUGAGCAUCCAACAGCAUGUGGAGCAAUAUCGGAAUAAACUUCUACAGAAGGAGUUUGAAACAGAUGAUGACGCAAAGCCAGAGAGAUCAUCAUCCAAAUCUAAAGAGAGAUCAACGGAGGACCGAAAGGACAAAAAGAAGAGCAAAAGAAGCGAAGAUGGAGACAGACAACGGAGUCGAGAUUCUGACAAGCACACCCAGAAAUCCAAUAGCAUCCCUCCUUUAAAGUGUCCCAGACAGUCCAAACGAUCCCGAUCUCCAUCUCCAGACUGGAGGGGACGGCGGUCCAGGUCACCGUCUCCACAUCGCUCCCAUAAGAAGACAAAGAAGAGUAAACAUUGACUCGGGACUUCAGGCCUGCGACAGCCAGCAGGUGUCCACCACUUCCACAGUGCUCCGUUGUCUUGGUCCCAAACAAAUAUCCCACGCAAGAAUUCUGCUCUCUUUUGUAUCAUAUUUGGACACUAAUUCUAUUUUUGUUUUAUGUUUGUUUACAAAAUAACUUUAUGUGCAAUGAUGAGACAUUAAAUCACUCAGUGAUUAUA